GGACUGCCUUCACCCUCGAAUCGUCUGGGGAGAUUAAAGACGCGACUCGACGAUUCCAACCUCAUCCAUGCCCGCUGCUGUGGCUCUGAACGAUAACAUCUAUCGCCAGCUGUCGCAUGGCGUAGACGAAGCCGAAGAUUUUAUGCAAGCCUAAUAAUGGAUUCCGGAUCCUCGUCAACAGGCUCAACCGCCUCGUCGAACGGACAGCCGAUAGACGCUUUUACGCGCAAUGCGCUGCGCUACUCGCUGAGCCCACGCGAAUACAAAUUGUUGCACAAAUACUUGAUUUCGAGAUCGCCGCCUGUUGUGAGAAAACGAGUACCACAGCCUGCGAAGUACGAGAAGAGCGUCAAGGAUACAAACGAUUAUAAUGCGGCUGCGAUACGAGCCAGCUUGAGAGUAUUCGCCACGGGCAUGGCGGGUUUGAAGCUGUGGGAUUUCAUUACAGUAAAGUUUCUGUCAAGAGGGCCUCAGCCGCCGCAGAGAUCCAACGUCCCGUUCUACAAGUCGGAGAAUGUUCGCCUUUCGGGAUCCCUUUCUCUUAUACUCCUCUUCCAUCGACUUCUGCAUCGGUUUUUUACAAGGCUUCGUGCAAGCCUCCUGACGGAUAAUGCACAGCCAUUCCGCAAACGCAAUCCUCGCGUUGCAGCUGCCCUCACAUCUAAGAUUGCUCCAUCAGUCGGAGGAGCAAUGGCAGGAUUUUGGCUAGGACUUUAUCCAGCAGCGCAGCUCAGAUUAACCAUUGCAAUAUACAUGCUCUCGCGAGCGCUGGAAUUUGGGUACAACAAUCUUGAUGAUCUAGGCUACUUGAAGAACAAGCCGUGGUGGUUUGGAUCGUGGAUGAUUAUGCCGGUCGCAUUCGGCCAAUUACUGCAUGCUUUUGCUUUCGACAGAGACUGUUUCCCGGCUGCGUACGGAAACUUCAUUUUGUCCAGGUCGGGGACGUACAUUCAGUCGCGGCCUGCUGACUACCCGAAAUCUCUCCCUUGGCCUGACACGUACGAAAUCGCGGAUAAUCUUGCGGAAAUAUCUAGGCUCAAUUGGCCACCCUUCAUCUCUCCCAUCCUCUUUCCGAACAAACAAACCUUACCUCGGACCGUUCUUGCUAUCAAGCCGAUCACUUCGUCUGCUAACCCCGCCAUUAAGAACCUUUCUUGCGCACUCCUCCAUCCGCAUGAUACAUCAUGCCUUCGCACGUACAUUACUUUCUUCUUGAAGACGUUUCCUGACGUCACCAAGUUCUUCACUGUGAUAUUCGGGCUUUUCUCGCUACUACAAUACAAAUCAUUUAUGGCUGACCCUGCUUCUGCUUUCAAUAGGCUGGCAAAAAGCAUCUUGAGAAUGAGUAUGUUCGUUACUGGCGCCAUCGGUACUAGCUGGGGCAGUAUUUGUUUUUUCCAAAACUAUUUUCCUCGCAAAUUUUUACCGACUCAAAGAUGGUUCCUUGGAGGCUUUCUUGGUGGUCUGUGGGCCUUCUUGGAGCGCGGCUCCGGUCGUUCAAACUUUCUGUACAGCGCUCGCCUAUCCAUGGACUCGCUUUGGAAAGUAGGUGUAAAGAGAGGUUGGUGGAAGGGAAUCAAGAAUGGGGAUGUUCUUGUGUUCGUGUUCAGCUUGGCCAUGAUUCAAAGCAUUUAUGAAACCAAUCCAAAAGCCGUGAGCGGAGGUGUUGUCAGAAAGAGCCUAGGCAUGCUGAGAGGCGAAGGUUGGGUAGAUAGGGCCGUAAUUACUGAUGAAGGAUCAGAGAAGGAGCCAAAGUAGCGAGACUUCUAGCGGAAAACUAUCGUUCAAAGUAAAUGCGGACACAAAUAAAAGGUACACAAGGAGGGGGGGUAAUGUGUGCAAGUUUUAAUGACUGCUCUUUCUUGAGUAGCAAAGAUCACAUUGUUUACAGACGGGAUUGAAAAGAACAGAAGAGCUUUGGAUGUGUAUCAUGAUGUAAAUGAGUUUUGUAUGGAUAAUUUAUUGGUUGGUUAUUCUGAUGAACAUCACUUUCUUUAAGGAUCUAGCAACUAAUACUUGUUUUUUUUCUCCA